AGCAAAUGGCUGACCACUAAGACUACGUUCUAGAAAUCCUUACAAAGAGAAUCCUAUGUAAUUACAUGAAACAUGCGAUCUUUAUGAGAAUGAUUAGCAAAAUAAGAUUCUAAAAGAUACAAAGAACUAAAAUAUUCAUAUAUUAAUGGCAGACAUACUGCCUAAAAUCUGAAAAUUGUUGAAUGAACCUAAACCUAAGCUACAAUUCAUUAUUUUGCAAAGCCAUUACAUAUAUAGUGUGUGUUGGAGGCACGUCCGUCGUUAUUUGUGUUGAUGUAAUGUGAAGUUUUCGACUUAGGGCGGUGGACCCCGCCCUCCUGUCGACCAUGGAAAGAGGCUACGAUAAGCGACAUAGUAAGCACCAUAAAGAGAAGCAUAAGAAACGUGCUCACAAGAAAUAUAGGAGUCACAGUGGUAGCCAUGAACAGUCUUAUGCAACUGUUAACUCUGUUAAACCUUUAGUGGAAUAUUCCGAUGUUAGCUCAGAAGCACUGUCUGCCCCAGAGGCAGGGGAGAUUGAGAGUGAAGCCAGCUCAAUCGGCCGGCACAUUGCCGAUGAUCUGGAUAGGACAAGGAAGUCUCAUUCAAUACGGACUUUUGUAGAUAAUAAAACGAUAUCAGUCACAACUACGAGUCGCAGGGUGGCUGAAGAGUAUGCUCUAGCACGUGACUCGUCAGUGUCAAGGAAACGACGCGCAAUAGAUUAUGUGGAAGCAGACCCCGAAUUUGAUGAGCAUAGGUACAAAAAGAAGAAAGAGAAACGGAAGAAGGAGAAAAAGAAGAGAAAAAAGAAGUCAAAGCAUCAUUCAAGGUCGGCUAGUCUGGAGAGCUUGUCACCUGAUGACAAUGUGCCAAUAGAGACUCCAGUGAGGCCGACGACUCCUCAAAGGUACCAAGUGGUACCUCCGCUGUGUGAGUGGGAAAAGGGAUCAUCACCAUUACCGAAUGGAUCGUGCUCGCCAGUUUCACCGUCGACGCCACCGCCACGGGAGCGUCUCGAGAUGUCUCCGCGACACCGUUUGCCUGUACAUCAAGAUCCACCAACCAUACAUCGGACUCAGAUGAACUUCUCUCCACAUCGGGAUAGAUCUCCUCAUAGCAGGAGACGACAGAAGUCGACUACGCCGCAUACACCAUCCGUCCCCCCGUACCACGACACGGUCACGAUUGACUCCGACAAUGACCAGGACUACGAGCGCGGUAGGAGGGAGUACUGGCACGAGCAAAGGAUUCAGUCGCCAAUUAUGGUGCCAGAUUCACCAAUCCACGACACACGGUCACGGGACUAUAGUCCGCGGCGGGCGCAUCGCCGCCGCAGCCGCAGCCGGCGGCAUCGCAGUAGGGAGAAGGAACGGUACAGGGAAGUCCGGGGAUCGCACAGGUCGCACAGCCGCAGCUCGCUGAAGCGGCGGCGGUCGGUCUCGCGACCGCGGCGGCGUGGCUCCACGGCGUCCCCGCCGCGGCACCGGCCGCGCCACCGCGACGGCCGCGAUGACCGCGACGGCCGCGACCGGCACAGGACUAAGCACGAGUCGCCUAGCCCCCCAACUACGAUGUUACAACGAAAGAUUGACUUUAAAGAGAAAAUCAGCGACACUAGUCUGUUUGCUGAACUAGUGAAAGACAAACACAAAAGAGCUAAGAAGUUGCAAGAGAUCUUAAACCAGAAGGAGGAGGAGUCUCUGGGCGCCAUUUCCAGUAGUACAUCAAUCAAUAACCCUGAAGUGCUCACCAUCGAUGAACUGUCCAACGCCACCGGCGACAGUUCCACGCAGGCGUCAAAAGAGAACGGCGAUAACAAGGAGGGCCAGGACGUGGUCGAUAUCCCGAUGCCGAUGCAGCACGAGUCCGAUGGCACGCCGCAACAGCCUCCGCAACCGCAGCCGCAACAGUCGACGCAACCGCUACAGCCGCCGCCGGAGUUCGACCGUCUGGCGCUCGAGCCGCCGCCCGAUGCCAACGGGGACGCAAGCAGUAACGGCGCUGAGGCCCCGGAGUCAGCGCAGCAGAUAGCGGCAGGCGGGCAACCACAGGUGCAGCCGUCGAAGCUGGGCGGUAGCGUGGUGGAGGGCGUGUACGCCAACAGCCAGCAGCCGCCUCCGCCCAAGCACCGCAGCCUCACCAAGCUGCCCAUGCCGCCCAACACACAGGUGGAGGACCUUAAAACAUUGGCGAAUGACAGUCCGUUGAGUACGCCUUCGCCGAGUCCCGUGAAAAAACCCGAUAAGCCCAAGAAGACGGGCAUCAUGAACUUGCCUAUGCCUCCAGUGAUACCAGGGUCGGAGGAGUUAUCAGGAGAGGAAUUAGAAGCCGUGACGCCGCCUCAUUCGCAUACAUACUCACACGUGUUCAGUGGACGCAAGCCGCCGCAGCACAACGACGCGAACCGAGUCGACUCGGAUAGGACGGCGUCGUCCGAGGGAGGUCGGGUUACCGGUUGCCACGAUACGAGUAACGCCCGUACGGGAACGAAGUUGAAAAGGCCGAGGAUAUUGAAACGACGCGGCUCCAAAGUAGUCCCGGUAGCGACUCCCACUCACCACGCCAAGGACUGGGGCGAGAAAUGCGUCGAUGGCUUCCAGGUGAUCACGCAAAUUGGCGAAGGUACAUACGGCCAAGUGUAUAAAGCUCGUGAUAAGAACACCAACCAGCUAGUCGCCCUGAAGAAGGUUCGAUUGGAGAACGAGAAGGAGGGCUUCCCCAUCACGGCCGUGAGGGAAAUCAAGAUAUUGAGACAACUUAAUCACAAGAAUAUAGUUAAUUUAAGGGAAAUAGUCACAGAUAAGCAGGACGCUAUGGACUUUAGAAAGGACAAAGGCUCUUUCUACCUAGUGUUUGAAUACAUGGACCACGAUCUCAUGGGCCUCUUGGAGUCCAAAAUGGUCGACUUCACGGAGUCCCACAACGCGUCCAUUAUGCGACAAUUGCUCGACGGCUUGGCGUACUGUCACAGGAAGAACUUCCUACAUAGAGAUAUAAAGUGUAGUAAUAUACUCAUGAAUAACAAAGGCGAGGUGAAGCUGGGCGACUUUGGUCUAGCGCGGCUGUGGUCGGCGGAGGACCGGCAACGGCCCUACACGAACAAAGUGAUCACGCUGUGGUACCGGCCGCCUGAGCUGCUGCUUGGCGAGGAGCGCUACGGGCCCGCUGUCGACGUCUGGUCCAUGGGUUGCAUCCUCGGCGAGCUGUUCCUCAAACAUCCGCUCUUCCAGGCGAGCGUAGAGAUGAUGCAGCUAGAGAUGAUAUCCCGUGUGUGCGGCACUCCAGUCCCUGGCGUGUGGCCGGGCGUGGUCCGUCUGCCUCUAUGGCACACACUACGCCCGAAACGUUUCCACAAGCGCUGCCUCCGCGACCAGUUCGCCUUCAUGCCGACACCGGCGCUACAUUUGCUGGAUCGUAUGCUUGAACUGGACCCCGAGCGCCGGAUUACAGCUGAGGACGCACUCAAGAGCGCCUGGCUCAAGAAUGUUGUGCCUGACCAGAUGCCACCACCGGAGUUACCCACAUGGCAAGACUGCCACGAGCUGUGGUCGAAGCAGCGCCGCAGGCAGCAACGCGAGCAGCAGGACCAACAAGCGAAACCCAAGUCGUACUUCGACAAUGCCGAGAAGGACCCCAACUUCAAGCCUAACGAGCCAGAUUUCAAAAGUGAACCGUUCAAAGCGGAAAGUGGCUUCAAACCAACAGAACCCAAUCCAGAAACUGUGGGGCAAGUGAAAUAGUAUAUGGAUUACUAUCCAUACUAGGAGUGACAAUGUUAAAGGUGCUUCAGUGAUAGACCAAUUGACUUUAUGGUUGUAUUUAUAGGAGACGGUGGGCUGUAGAAAGUGGUGGUUGGAGAUGGCUAUUGGUUUAGUACCUCAUCUUGGAGUUUAUGGGGUUUUUGUGGUAUGAAAAUUGAAUGGUAAACUUGCCUAAUAGUUUACAUAGGCGCUUUACCAGUGAAGGAAGGAUAGGUGAGGAUGAAAUGAAGUCGGUUGGUUGUUUGUGAUGAAUCCACGAGGAAUUAACCAUGAUGGUUAACAUGUGGUUGUCGACUUGACGGGGGUAUAUUGUUAGCAAUAGGUAUAAUAUUGUCUAUUACUAACAAUCUCCUGUUCCUAGGUUCGUUUGUAAGUUCCUAAAAUUAGUAACAAUUUUAUUAAUAAAUUAGAUGAGAUGUCGAGAAAUAGAGAAUUAUGUUGUGGUGACUGAGCCUUAGUGUUAAUUUAAAAAAUUAGCAAACUGCCACCAUUUUCUACAGCGUAUAUAAUCAUCGUUUAAUAACGGGGCCAUAUUAGCCUCAACGGCGAUGCUUCCGUGUUUAAGUCCCAAUUAAAUUGGCCACAAGUGUAAAUAAUUAGGUUACGAAAACAUUCAUGAAUCACAAGUAUUUUGUAUAAUACAUUUACACUGUCGGCCAAUUUGAUUGGCUCAAAUAUUGGCGUUUUAGGAACGCGUACCAAAAUUAUAUAUUGAUAACCAAAGUGUCUCAUAGCGCUAGUUUCCUGCGAACCGUUGCAGAAUAAAUUGUAUAAAGAGAUGUCAACUUGUAAAUAUUUUAGUGUAGUUUAAUUCGCAAUUAGAACAAUAUUGUUUCCUUUUAUUUUUAUAGUGAACUGACUUGUGUAUUAUGUUAUAGUUGUUAUAAUAUGCAUAAAAUUGAAAAUUUUGAAUAAAUUUUGUGUCCUGUUGAGGAGAAAAGCCUAGUUGGACUGAUUUAGCAAUUUAGUCCAGUGGCGAGUGAUUUAGUAAAAAAUACUCGGCUCGUUUAAAUUUGUAUUAUUUCAAUACUAAAUGACUUGGCUAAAUUACUGAAACAGCGUGGAAUUGCGAACAAGGCAUUAAGAAAAUUUUAAUUUGAAUAUUGACUGUAAUGUCCCGUUAGCAAAUGCAAUCAUGAAUUUAAUAUGCUCCUUUUUGUAUAUGAUAAUGAAAGUAUAGAUCAGUUUAUCUAGUCGUAUGUGUACUCGAAAGGUACAUUGUAAAAUGUAUGGUCUAAUAUUUGACAUUAAUGUGAACAACAUUCCAAAUCCAGCGGAGGAACUGUAUUAUAAUACAAUAAUUUAAUUUGAUAAGUAUGAGAUCGUAAAAGUAAAUAGUAUAUUACUGCAGCGGCCAGCAACUGAGGCAUUGAUGGACGAACGUGCAAAUGUGGGCCAAGGCGUAGCCGAGGCACACAUACGUGAGUCCAUCAAUGCCUAGUUGUGGCCAAGACUUGUAUAGUACUUUUCUCAAACAAUGCGCGGAAAUCAAAAACACAAUUUUACUUUUUAAGUUCAAUGACGAAUAACGAACAAUAAUAAUUUUCCACGCGCCUUAAUGUUCUGUUGUUUUUUUUUUUCAAUAAACAGCUUUCUAUUUGCAAGCCAGUUCGAAACUUAAAUAAAACCUUUUAUUAGUUACCUCCUUGGUAGCCAUGUUUCGAACUAAAAGGUCAUCCAAUUUUUAAAUUACAGGACAAAUAUGAGUUUACAUAGUAAUUUAUCUGGCCGCAAAACACGACAGAUAUGGAUUUUCAUACAACUUUUGCGGGCCGCUGCCCGCAUGUAUCUGGCCAGUACGCCAAUUUUUAUUUAUCUCUAAGAAGAUUGUCAAAAUAAUGCUCACAUUUCCAAGCAUGUUUGAAAAUACACUAUCUGUACUUAACGCUGUACCUACAUACCUGUUUUUUUUAUUGGUUACGAUUCGACGUGGAUUUCACCGCGUCGUGCUCACGACAGGACUGAUUGACUGACCUUAGGUGUGUAGGUACUAUUUACCUUGAACUCGUCAUCAACAUAUCAGCCUUUAACUGUCCACUGCUGAACAUAAUCCCACUAACAGGGAGAGAUUCUCUGUUAUUGGGAUUUGUCAGUAGUUGCCACUUGCGCUUCUAUAUAGGUUUUUUUUUAAUGGGUGAAAAUGGAUUGGUAACCCCGCCCGAGCUAUUGGUAUACACCGACGAGGCACCAGUGGAAGAUGAUAGGUGAGAAUGAAUGCGGGUUACUUGGCCCACCAUGAUGAAUUCGACAAGAAUUAAACAUGAUGGUUUCCAAGGGGAACCGCGUGGAGGUCAACCUGAGAGGGUAUAUUGCCAGUAAUGGGGCUAUUAGACCCCAUUACUAACAAUCCCUUUCCCCCCUUCCAUAUAGGUUGGCAACUGCAUUUAGGCUUUGGUGAUGUUUUAAAAGGGACGCCGCAGCCCAUAAAUCGACCGUUAAGUACCUGAAAUUGCGUCGCGUUUUUUGUUGGAUGAAAAUGGAUUGGUAACUCUGCCUGCGCUAACGGGAUACGCUGGCGGAGCACCAGUGAAGGGUGAUAGAUGAGAAUGAAAACAGGCCAGUUAGCCUAUCAUAAUGAAUUAAUUCAUCAGGAAUUAACCAUGAUAGUUUCCAGGGGGAACCGCGUGGAGGUCGACCUGGUUAGGUAUAUUGCUAGCAAUGGGAUUUUUAGUCUCUAUUACUAACAAUCCCUUUCCCCCCCAAUUGCGUCGCGUUAAGUCUUGAUAGUGUAUUUAAAAUAUGUGUUAACAAAGCGAAAGUUUAAAUUAAUUAUCGUAAAAGUAGACUGAUAAAAAUUCUUUCAAAAUUGACUAAGAAAUCACGUAAAAUACGGAUUCAAACUACAGUUUAAUAUAAAAAUGUCCAAUAGAAAUGAAUUAUGAGUGAAGAAUUAAGUUUGUGGAACUCAAAUGAGGUAACAUUCUAAAAAAAAAAAUUAGGGCUUUUUAAUACCAUAAGAAUGAAAUGGUGGUCCCCGCCUGUGUUAUUGGUAUACACUGAGGGGCCAGUGAGGGAUGGUAAGUGAGGAUGAAGCAGGUCAGUUGACUCAUCAUGGCGAAUUCAACAAGAAUUACGAUGGUCUGUGGAAGUCGAUAGAGUAUAUUGUCAGUAACAUAGCUGUUAGACCCCAGUGCUAACAGUCCUCUUCCCCCAGUUUAGAGGUUAUGUAAAGUUCUAUUUUUUUUAUGCAACUUAUAAUGGCAAACAAGCUGAUGGUCCACCUGAUGGUAAGCAGUAACCGUCGCUUAUAGGCAUGAAUAGUACCAUGGACAUAACAGAGUGUGUUGUUUCGCCCAUGACACCCCCCAUGCGUUGCCAUUCCUGAGGAGUAAACUGUUUUGCCUGUGUACUCUACAAGUUCAAUAGUCCUUUACAGUAGCCCACUAAACAUUUUAGAACGCAAUCCUUUUAAUCUGCGGGUUUACCAUGAAAUGAAAUUCCGAAAUUUCGGACUCAAUAUCGUGUUUUUGUUUAUACCAAAAUCGGACCAAUAAAUAGAGUUUAACAUUUCGUUCGUCAUACAUCCUAUCAUAAAAGUCCAAAGGAACAAUAUUUUAACAUUUUUAAUAUUUCCAAACGACAUGUAUUAUGUAAUUUUAACAUCAAAUUUGUGUUUCGUUUGGCUCCGAAAUUUCGGAAAACAUUUCAUGGUAGGCCCUCUGUAGUUUGGCUCCAAUAUAUAAAAACAGUAUACAAAAAAUGCAAAUCCAAAAAUAUACCAGUUUAACACAUUAGUUAUUACAAAUUUGCUUUUUCUGGCACAAAAUAAACUACAAAAUAAAACAUGAUGAAACGAAACAUCACUAGAAAUAGUUAUUAAGUAGAAAGUUCUGUGAUUGCAUCUGUUAACUGCUAACGGAAUUGAUUUUUAACUAUGUAGUUAAAAAAUAUUUAGUUUGAAGGCGAUUGUAGGAUCAUUGUUGAAUGGUCGUAAGACUUAUCGGUUUGCUGGUGAGCCUUAUAAAUGUGAAUGACGUCUAAUAGCCUGGUCAUCAUCAUCAUCAUCAUCAUCAUCAUCAUCGUCGUCGUCGUCAUUCUACCCUUAUUUCAAUUAUUAUUUGAGGUCGACAUAAUAUGUUUUUUAUCCAUAUUGCAAAAAGAUUUGGCGUAUACUUUUACGAACGACCGCCUUGGCUUGGUUUGGUCAAAUCAAAUCGUCAUAAAUAUUAGCGUAGGGUACUUUCAUGCCGGCCAGUUAACAAGGCUAACAAUUCGAUUUUAAAAAAAAAAAUAUUUAGUAAUAAUAAUAAUAAAGUAAAAAAAAAGAAAUUGGGCGGUGUUUUGGCUGUGAAUUAAAUAUAAUAUUGACAGGAAAAUACUACAUUUAAAAAAAUAAUAUGUAUUUUUUUUUUCGAAAAAAAAGACUAUAGAUCAAAAUGUAAUCGAUUCCAAUAAAAAAUUUACUGUUAUCAAUUUAAAUUCUACAUCUUUAUUUCAGGUUUUCUAUCGCAUACACGUUUGGGCAUUCACAUUUACUGUACUAAAAUAAAACGCUCCUCACCAGCAAACGGAUGAGUCUAAGGCCAACGACAAGUGAAAAACUGAUAUUCCUAUACACGCUACCACGGGUUUUGUAAGAGAAGCGAUACCUAGUGUAUUUCUUAUUCGUUCUCACGCGAUAGCGUGAAUGUAUUUUGAAAUGGGAACGUUUCUCACUUAUCUAGGGUCUUAACAAACGCAUCGACGACUAGUUGGCAUUUAUAAUAUGUAUAAUAAGUAUGUAAUAUGUAUAUUUGUAUGUUGAUGCCAUGUGCCAGCAAUGCAUAACGUGAUUCUAAUAUCUAGUUCUAUAAUGUAAGUAAUAUAUCAUGAUGUUGAACUGUUUCACAAAUGUUUAAUGUACAUUAAUUACACUAUAAUUAUUUCAUUUUUUUUUAUAUAGUGCUGUAAAUACUUGGAUAUCGCGCGAGUCGAGUACUGUAUUCGGAUAAUUUUUAAGACCUAUUUUUUUUUUACGUUUAAUCAUUUUCACUAGCCCACUAUUCCAUUUUUUAUCUAAAUCUUCCAUGAAAUGUGUGAUUUUAUGAAAUUGUGUGACUCGUAAUCGACUGGCCCCUGCAUUUGUACUAACGCGUGGCUGUUUGUUAUUGUUGUAGGCAGCGAAGCAAUGUUUCUGUUGUUCCUUUUUAUUUCGUAUUACUAAAAUUUUAUCAAUGUACAAUUUGUUAAAUUCUUCUCUAGUGUUGUAUAUAUAUAUAUAUAUAUAAUUAUGAAUUUAAAUGACGCUGUGACAACUCGUGAAGUGUAACUUCAUAUAAAUUUUAUCUUAGGCUUAAGUUUGAUACAAAGAACCUUGUAUAUUUUGAGAAUUGGCGUACUCACUUUGACGUCGAUAUCAUUUUCGCUCCCUACAACAAGCGUAGUUAAACGAUCAUCCAUGUAAAUAGUACAUGCUUGAAAGACUUACUUCUGUAUUAUAUAGAUUAAGAGAUACCAUCAAUAAUCCGGAGUUUAGGAGACAAUCGGUGUUUGUUGCGGUGUUACCAGUUUGUCUAUGGUUUGAACUAGUUAAAAACGGCGUCGGUAAUCCGUAAUUUGUUCCUGCACGUUUAGGGAUUCAUUUGUAGAUUUAAAAUCGAUACGCAGGUCGCAUGGUGAAUAAGAGGGCGUUGCAGUUUUUACGAUUGUAAACAUGUAGUGUUGAAGUAUUUUUUUUUGUUUUUGACUUUUGAAGAUCGGGGUUCUAUUUUUUUUUUUUUUUUUAAUUUAUAAGUGCAUCAAUUGUGUAUCAGUAAUGUGCAAAACGAUUCUCCCCGCACUGAUUGUUUUUUUUUUUGUAAUAUUUUGUAAAACUGUUUCGUCAAAACUUGACAAUUCCAUACGUUCGAUGUAUAAAAAUGUUUUGUGUCGACAGUUAUUUUUACACAUCAGCCUUUUUAGACGAGUGGCAAACGAAUCUGUCGAUAGGUACAUUAUCGUUAAUGCAUACAUGAAAUAGAACGAGACAGCAACAUCUCGUGUCCUUUUAAUUUUUUUAUGCGUGCGUCAAUGAAAACUUGACGCACGCAAGUUCUUAAGUGGAUUUAUAGACGUUGUAUACUACAUACUGACAGACUGGCAAUGCAAUCACAAAAACUAAACAAGAAAAUGGUUACAUUAGUGUGCGUAGAAUAUAAAUAUGUGCAUGUAACAGGUUUGAAUUUAUAAGGGGAUUGAAGUUGCAAAAAUAGUAAAAAUGCACGUAUUUUGUUAUAAUUUUCAUUUCAGUCUUGGAUAUUCAGAACUUUGU